GUCAUCGUCAGCACCAUCAAAAAGACCAUUAUUAUGGUCACAGCAUGAUGUUUCAAAGAAACUACUUUCUUUGCCACAAUCAAAAACAGCUUUAGGUGAUAUUUUCAAUCAGUUUUUACCUGUAACUUACCAAGAUAUCAAGAAUCUCAAUGAUA